AUGGCGAAUCAACUACAGAAGACUGUGUACCGACUGGUAUUAACUGGAGGACCUUGUGGCGGUAAAACUACUGGGCAAUCCCGUCUUAGUACUUUCUUUGAAAACCUGGGAUGGAAGGUGUUCCGGGUGCCGGAAACGGCUACCGUCCUACUAAGUGGUGGCGUAAAGUUUGGGGAUCUUAGUCCAGAAGAAGCCGUGAAGUUCCAGGAGAACCUGUUGAAAACCAUGAUACAGAUUGAGAAUACGUUCUUUGAACUUGGAAGAACUUGCCAGAGGAACUGCCUUAUAAUAUGUGAUCGUGGCGCAAUGGACGCUAGUGCAUUUAUUUCGAAGGAGAAAUGGGAGGAGAUGUUGAACGCUAACAACUGGAACAGCGUUGAACUGCGCGACAAUCGAUACAACCACAUCGUCCACAUGGUCUCGGCUGCGAAUGGCGCGGAAGACUUUUACUCAACUGAGGACCACGCGUGUCGCUCCGAAGGAAUGGAGCUCGCUCGGGAGCUGGACUACAACGCAGCCGCCGCCUGGGUGGGCCACCCGUACUUCGAUGUCAUAGACAACUCCACGGACUUCGAUAAGAAGAUGAACCGCCUAAUCGCCUGCGUGUGCCAGCGUAUCGGCAUCGACACUGGCGACCGGCUCAACGUCAACUCCAAGAAGCGCAAGUUCCUCGUCAAGACGCCCCUCCCACCGGACUCGGAGUUCCCCCCAUUCCAGGACUUCGACGUCGUACACAACUACCUGCAGAGCGAUUUCCGCAAAGCGCAGGUCCGCCUGCGCAAGCGCGGCCAGAAGGGCCACUGGUCGUAUAUACACACUGUGCGGAAGUUCCACCCGACCAAUGGCCAGUCAGUCGAAGUGCGCACCCAGUUGACCCACAGGGACUACCUCAAUCAGCUACCGCAGCGCGACGACGCCCACUUCACGAUCUUCAAGAAACGACGCUGCUUCAUAUACAACAAUCAGUACUACCAGUUGGAUAUAUACAGGCAGCCAACACAUCCCAGAUGUCGUGGUUUGGUGUUGCUUGAAACAUACAGUGCUGCUUAUGAUCAAGAUGCACUAUUAGCAUCUCUACCAAAGUUCCUGACUAUAGAGAAAGAAGUAACUGGUGAACCCGCUUAUUCUAUGUACAACUUGUCACUUAAGGAAGAUUGGAAGACAUCAAAAAAGUAUUACUCCGGUAGCGAUGCCAAUGGACAAGCUAAGUGGAGCAUGAAUGGUCACACUGGUGACAAAAUUAAUAGCCAUGGUGAUAAGAUAAAUGAUUAUGGUGUUGAAAAACAUAAUGGUCUUGGUGAGAAAGUCAAUGGGUAUAACAGCAAGCCAAUUGGUCACCAUAAGAAGAAUGGCCAAGACCUUGUAGCCAAUGGAAACAUUAUUAAUGGGAAAGCUCAUGAAACGGAGCUUAAUAACUACAAGAACCAUGGCAUGGACUUGAGGACACCAAAGAUACCCAAGAAAGUUGCUCUAAGAACC